GGAAUUGUGUAUUAUUCUCUACGAGCGUUUUUACAGUAGUUCUAUAUCGAUCUGGCUCAAGCAUCAACCUUUUAAUUUUUACUUCGGAUGAAUGUUUGACUGAGCGUCUCGCUCUGUAACCGUUGCGAUGAAUUAAACAAAGACGAUGGACGCAGCCGGAGAAGACGCCAACUGUUAACCUUACGGAUUUCCCCCCCCAUCUUUGCCAGAGGAUUUCACACACACGUGGUCAACUCGGUUUAAAGCUUUUAUCACCAGCUAACGUUAACUUUACGUUUCCGUCGACGACAGAUAAAAGUAGCUAAAUAUAAUACUUCAUUUGUUUGAGUCCGUACGCCCGCUUGAUUUAACCGUUAACAUGCAUUUAAACGGUUAAAGACGUUGAAUUCGUCUGGCGGACUCCUUUGACUUAAAACCGACUAGCUUCUUAAUGUAACGUAGGACACAUUACCACUCACUUAACUUACACGCCUCCAAGAUUUCAGCGUCAAUAAGAGUGCCUCAACCUGUCUUGUUGGCAUCGUCUUCACCGUUUUUGCUCAAGAGAAUUUAAGCAGUGCAGAUGUUUCAGCCAGGAUUGGACAGGUUAAAGGGCGUCUGACAGACUCCAAAUAUGGUUUCACUGUGUUUUCUAUUGUUCUGGCCACAACUAAUAGAUUUGUCUAAUUUGGAGCAUUGAACUUGGGACUUUGUGUACAAGUGGGAGUUACAUGGACCAGAGUGCUGGACUACCUCUGCACAAACCCCUUUGUGCACUUGAGGUAGGUCUCCAUAUUUUGUUUUUAAGAUGAGCCAAGGGCCAAACCUUGUCCUCCAGUGGCUGUCGAAGCUCCAUCUGGCCCAGUAUGUGGAGUCAUUCAUUGACAAUGGUUAUGAUGACUUGGAAGUUUGUAAACAGAUUGGGAAGCCGGACCUUGAUGCCAUAGGUGUCCACAUUGAGUACCACAGACACAGGCUGCUCACAGCAGUGCAGAAGCUAAAAGAGGAGGACAAAAGGAAAACACCUAGCUACUAUUUCACCUUAGAGCCUCUGGAUCCUUCUACUUGCAACCACUCUUCACACUCAGUCAGAGAAGAUGACUUCAGGACUUUGGGGUCAAACUCACAGACCACAGGUAUACACCAGGCCUCCUGUCCUGGGAACCAUAACCCCAGAGUCACAGAUUGUGAUGACUUUGUGACAUAUCCCAAACUGAAACUCAAGGUACUGAUAAGGGAUAAACUUGCAAAAGAUGGAAUCAACCUUGGACAAGCACCUUACACCUAUAAGGAUGGCUCGGUGGGGAACCUUGAUGACCUGGCUCAGGAGUAUUCUCAGUAUUACGGGACCUCCCUCAGUGACGUGUGUGAAAGGAUGGAGGAGCUUCGGAAACGCAAAGUAGUGCAAGAUGCUGAAUUGGGAAAGUUUGACUCAGUGGCCACAUCACUGCAGCUUCGCACUCAGAUCCAGGAAUCCCUUGGACUCAGCAGCAGUACCACCUCCACUCCUGAGAAUGAGAGAAGGUUUCCUGUGCACAAAUCUAGCUCUGAUGAUGGAUCAGGAGGAAAAUGGGAUGGAAAGAGAAAAGGCAAGUCUUUUUGGCAGAGUUUUCGAAAGUCACAGAAAGGGGUGGUGCGUCAGAUUUCGAAAGGUGAUGAUGUUGGAUUUGUGGCCAGUGAAAUCACCAUGAGUGACGAAGAGCGUAUCCAGCUGAUGAUGAUGGUGAAGGAGAAUAUGAUUUCUAUAGAGGAAGCCUUGGCACGACUGAAGGAGUUUGAGACACAAAACAGGCAGACGUGCAGGUCCGAUCCCACAGAGUGGGCCGAUCCCUCCAGUCCCACCACAAAUGAGUUGUUCAACUGCAACCCUUGUGACCUGUCAGACAAUGAACAAGAGGAAUCUGUGACGUUCAGGAGACUCCAUAAGCUGGUCAACUCAACCCGGAAGGUGAAGAAGAAGCUGAUCAGAAUUGACGAGUCUAAGAAGCCUGGAGCAGAGGAUGAUCUUCCCUGUGGAGAUGCCAGCAACUCCCUAUACUCUGGUGUGCAGAAGAAGCCUGUUGUUUGCCCCAUGGACUCCUUGGCUUCAGCUCUUCGGGACCAGCUCACUUACGACAGGGACUCUGACAGCCUGACCACCUCCCCCUCCUCGAGCAGCCUGGACACCUGCAGCAGCCAGAAGAUCUUCCAGGCUUUUAGCAAGUCUUGUAGGAGCCCUAUUCAUCAGGAGACAAGUGCUGGGGAGGUGAGGGAGGCAGGUGACGGCAGUGGCUCGUCCUUUUCUGAAGCAGAGGGUUGCCAUGAUGAGGAACCCAAAAUCGCUCGCUCAGUCACGGACGGAGAGCUCCGUCACCGGAUCCUAAGCCCGCUCAGCCACCAUGGGAGAGCCUGUAGCUUUGGAGGAUUUGACCUGACCAAUCGCUCGAUGCUCACAGUCAUCUCUGACAAUGAUAACACUGAUAAAGACGGAGAUGGUGUGAGGGAUCCCAUGAAGUCUCCAACAGCAUCUCGUAUUUCCCUGGGCAAAAAAGUCAAGUCUGUGAGAGAAACCAUGAGAAAACACAUAUCUAAGAGAUACCACUGUUCUCUCUCUGAACAGUCAAGCCCAGACCGCAUGUCCAGCUGCCCUCACUCGCCUCAGACAGAUUCUGACUCUCUGGAGAAACCAAAACUGAAGCCAGGAGGGUCUGUGGAAAGCCUAAGGAGUUCCCUCAGUGGACAAAGUUCAAUGAGUGGCCAGACGGUGGGCACCACUGACUCAUCCAACAGCAACAGAGAGAGUGUGAAGUCUGAGGACGGGGAAGAGGAUGAGCUGCCUUACCGCGGACCCUUCUGUGGACGCGCUCUAGUUCAUACUGACUUCACCCCCAGUCCCUAUGACACGGACUCCCUCAAACUGAAGAGUGGAGAUGUCAUUGAUAUCAUUAGUAAGCCACCAAUGGGUACAUGGAUGGGGAUGCUCAACGGUAAAGUCGGCACCUUCAAGUUCAUUUAUGUUGAUGUCCUGAAUGAAGAGGAGGUGAAGCCCAAAAAGACACGCAGGAGGAGGAAGGCCCGGCAACCUAAGCCCACCUCUGUAGAGGAGCUCCUUGAUCGCAUUAACCUCAAGGAGCAUCUUCCCACCUUCCUUUUUAACGGCUAUGAGGAUCUUGACACAUUCAAGUUGCUAGAGGAGGAGGACUUGGAUGAGCUCAACAUUACAGACCCCCAACACAGAGCUGUGCUGCUCACUGCUGUGGAGCUGCUGCAGGAGUAUGAUGGUGGGUCAGGAAGCAGCGACCCAGAGAGAGGCAGUCAGUCUGGAGGCUCACAGGAGAAGCUGCUCCUGGACAGACGUGGCCUCGUGGGAGACUCCCCGCGGGACUCCGGCUGCUACGAGAGUAACGAGAACCUGGAGAACGGAAGGAUCAAAAAGAUGUCUUCAUCCAUGAGCAGGUCCUCCUCCGGUUUUGAGUCAAGCCACCUUUCAUCCCCAGAGUACCCUGCCCUCCCCCAGACCCUGACCUCCACCAGCUCUAGUAAGACUUCACUCCAAAGUAAACAAGCUUGCCUGCCCUGUAUCUUACCAUCACUAAGACACCCUAAGAACAGCUCACAUCUCCUAAGCCCAGCUAAAGGUCAUCAUCUCAGCAGUCCUAGAAAUGGCUACAUUUCUAGGAGCCAGAGCUGCAUGGAGCUAAGAAGAAACCCAGCACCAGGGCUGCUGACGCGGAGCUUCUCCCUGACUGUCCUCCACAAAGGGCGGAAGAGAAAACUCUUCAACCCUAAAAACUGGAAUCUGACCCCCAGCGUCAAGACAGAGGAGAGCACACAGCACUCAGUUAAUCCUCAAAAACCUUUUGAGCUCAUGUUUCCAUCCUUGCAGUUUUCCACCACAUCACAUAAGUCUGUGUGCAGCACUUUCAACCUAGACACAACACAUGUGUUUGCCCCUAAACCAGCAGAAAAAACACACAGUGCGCAUCUCCAGUUGCCACCCACAGUCCCAGCAGAAAGGUCCAAAAGUCCUUUAACUAUACCGUCCAUACCAAACAUACUCCCAGAGUCCUUAUUAACAGAGACUGCCUGUGUGUACAACUAUACAAACCGCUUCUCCUCAGAGGAUAACAAGAGUCGUUCAGUUUCAGCCAGUUCUGAAGCGCGCAGGCUGAAAAUGAAAAGAAAUAAGAAGACCUCCUGAACUCUAUAUCUGGCUUCCCUGUCACAAGAAAGACUCUAGCAGCAGGGUGCUGAUCUCAAAAUAGAGCCACAUUCUGACAAGGUAUUGGCCUUAAUAGCACAGUGAACUGUCACUUGACAGAUGUUAAUUGCUGAUGUUGGAUGAUGACCAUUUUAAAACCAUAUUUAUUUCAGAAUCUUUGAAAUACUGUGUUAAUAUAAGUUAUCUUUUUUCCCAAAUAACCAUUGAUUUCUGAUGUAUCCAUGGAGUGUACCAUGAAACUGACCUGCCAGCCGAUUACUAUAUCUGUGGUACAUUUUCUCACAAUAGCCAGAAAAUAUAAGGAAAGGUAAAUUCGCAGCGUUGUCACUUUUUAGUAGGUUCACAUGGAUUACACCAAACACAAAGUUCCCUACAGUUUCCAAAAGUGUAGUAGAAUUAAUCCUCCCUCAGAAAACAAAAGUUUAGACCGUGUUAAUAAGGUUACAAAUAGAUAAGUUAGUCAUAAAAAAAUACUGAGGUUGCAGUGUGGUCGAUAUGGAAUACCCCAACUUUCUAUUUCGGAUGUUCAGCUGAAUCAAGUCUAUGGAGGAAACUGUGACUAAGUUCCAGCAGUUGCACAAGCAGCAUCGCUUGGCAGCAAGUGGCCAUUUAUCCUACAUCAAACAAAGCCAUUGUUAAUAAAUUGAACAGUUUUAAGUAUGAACUUUUCAUUACUGCCUUUUUGACACCAGGCCUUUUUCACAGAGGACAUUUUGACAUGUCACAAAAGGAAAAGCAGAAGUGUAAAUAAAAAGAAUUGUGGUUAAAUUCCAUGUAGUUCCUUCAGAGUCUGGUAUUAUUAAUGCUAACUCACGGUCUCACAGCCAUGACUUACUGGGACAAGUGAAUAGUACAGAGCCACACUUAAUGUUAUUAGUAACACCUGUGCUUUUGUGUUUAUAUCCAUAUCUAACUGCAGGUAGUGAUGGCAAUUACUGUAUCAUUAUCAUAGUGCUUCAUUAAACAAUCAGCAGUUCUAAUGCACAUAUAAUUUGCACAUUACAGGAAGUUUAGCAAUUUAGCGUUUAAACAACCCAGCAAGUAUCUUACAUGUACACAUGAAUUGUUUAUUUCUCAUCAGUUUCAUAUCAGGAAAUUCUGUCUUUUUCAGUUACUGAAGAAAUGUUUUUUAUAGAUAGAUUGUAAAAAUGCUAAGAAGGCUGUUAAUCACUGUUAGCUACUUUUUUACCCACCUAUCAAUAAAUGUUGUUUUAUUUGAAUUAA